UCACUGUUCUCUUUCAGUGUUUGGGUUAGAUUCACUCUAAAAGUGAAUAGUGACUGUAGCUGACAAGCUGCUAACAUCUCCUUUGUUUUCUAUGAAAGAAAGAGUGACGAUUUUAUUUUUGGGUGAACAAUAUAUUGAAGUGGGUCUAAACAAUGCUUUCAUGCUUUCCACGUAGAAGGGAAAAUAUUUUACAUCCAAACAUGCAGCUUUUACUGUAUGUUAUUCACUGAAUAUGCAUUUAGACCAUUCAUUUCCUUUUGCAUUCCAGUUUACCAGAGGUUGUGGUCAGGUACAUUUUUGUCAUGGAAAUCAUUGUGUGUGUGCAUGCAUGAAAUUACUCGAUCCCCCAUUAGGGAGAUUGCUAUCAGCAGAUGUGUUUUAAAAUAAAGCAAUGUGGCAGGUGUGAAAGUUUUCACAAUAGCACAACUUGUGACAACCGAUGCUGAGUGGCUGCAACAGUUUCACCAAGCAGAAGUGAUGGGCCAGCAUCUUUUUGGCAGGAAGGGUGUGAGUUCUCAGUGGUUUCCUCUUUAGUAGUAUCUGACGAGUGAAACCAGUGGUGGGUGCUUGGGGUGUGUUCACUUGGUAGGUUUUGUGGUCUACUGAACUGGAAACUGAAAUAAGUUUGUGCAUAAUGUUUGUGCAUCAGGUUUGAGGAUUGUUUGUUUGUUUGUUUGUUUUUGUGCCAUGCAGAUCUGAUACACUAAACUGAGGUACAUUUGCUGUUGUGGGAUGUGGUUGGUUUUAACUCAUUUAACGUGCAUUUUUCUGACCUUGCACAUUGUGUGUGUGAAAUUUAUUAUCUUGACUGGCUUCAUGUGACUGCGUUUCCGUUCCUUGCUUGCUUCCGCAAUUACUAAAGACAGUGCAGAGAUGCAGAUGACAAGCACUUUGCAUCUCCGAAGAGACUAAGCCAACAGAACCUCCCCAUAAACCGAUGUAAUGGUCUACUGUGAACUUCGCAGAAGAGCGGAGGGCACGAUCCUGGCCACUGGGUGAUCAUGUUAAAAUGCCGAUCAUUGAUCGCCUGUCCGUUCUGCUCGGUCAUGUCGUUGUUCCAGUACUGGUGGUCCUGUUUUUCAUCUCUGGACAUCCACAGGCCUUUCCGUGUAGACUGAUCCAAAGUACGGCUCUGUGCAAAAAUUACCAGCUCUCUGCUGUACCAAAUCACUUACCACAGCAAAUUGAGGAGAUCUUUUUAGAUAAGAACCUGCUCAUUAAUUUACGAGAUGGCUGUCUCUCAAGAUAUCCUAUUCUUCGAACCUUCAGCUGUUUAAACAAUCAUCUAAGGACCGUGGAAGAACAUGUAUUCUCUGAGUCACCUCUUAUAGAAAACCUCAAUUUUGCUGAUAACGAGCUUCAUUAUGGAUACAAGCAGAUGGCGCAGUCAUUAAACUCGUUGUCCCAACUAAAGACUCUUGAUCUUUCAGGUAAUGGUCUCUCUGAGGAGAUGGUGUCUGUGCUACUACAGAAUCUGUCCUCUCUUGAGUCCCUUUACUUGUCCAGGAAUGCUAUGCUGAGAUUGGAUGAGACAACAUUCAGAGACCUUCAGCAGCUUAAGGAGCUGAAUGUAGAGAGGAACGUGUUGUUUGAGAUUGAUGGGGCAUUUGAUCAUAUGAAAAAACUCCAGAGAUUAAAUUUGGCUUUCAACUGCCUUCCAUGUUUGGUCAACUUUGAGAUGACCCAACUGCUGGUCUUAAAUGCCAGCCACAAUUCCAUUGAAUGGUUCAUAACCAAUCAGAAUUUGUCUGAGACUUUUCUGUUGGAGACACUUGAUCUGUCCGAUAAUCACUUACUGUUCUUUCCUUUUCUGCCAACUCACAACCAUAUAAGGACUUUGAUUUUGUCCAAUAAUUGGGUAAGUUUUUACCAGCACUUUGCAAAUGACACAUCUUCAAACUGGACCACGAGCGUUGAGUUCUACAAUUUUGGGCAAAAUGUGGGCAAUAUCACAAUGGAGCUCUGGAAUGAUAGCCUUCAUGGUGACCUUUCCUCUGUGGAGCUCCUGGAUCUGAGUGAGAACAAGGUGAACUACUUCCCUCAGGGGUUCAUUCAACAAAUGCCACGUCUGAAUUGGCUGAGGCUGAAAAGUAACUGCUUACAGUCCUUCAGUUUGACUCCUGAAGAUCUCCCAGUCUCCCUUUAUGCACUGGAUGUAAGCAAAAACCAAAUAACUGAGCUCAAAGCGAGCCAAAGCUCCAUUAAUGAGCUUAAUAACCUCACAUAUUUGAACCUGAGCACAAAUUACAUUCAGAAACUUCCCCCCAAUAUAUUUGCCAAUCUACCCAGUCUGAGCACAGUAGACCUUAGUCAUAACCAAGUAGAUGUAUGUUUUUCUGAAGAGUCAAACUACAGUUUAUCAACUUGUGUUGUGUGGUCAAACAUUGUUACCCUGAAAAAGCUCUAUCUUGCAGGUUGUGGCAUACAAAACAUGCCACCUUUGCCUUUUAAGGGCACGGCAUUAACACACCUCGAACUAUCCAACAAUCCAGAGCUUCACAUCAAACAGGAAUCAUUGGCAGGUCUUAGUAACACUUUGGAGCAUUUGGGACUUGGUAACACAGGUCUACAAGACUUUGACUUCUCUCCGUUCAGCCAUUUGAGGUCUUUAAACAUCUCUAGAAACUCAAUAUCAGAGCUUCCGGAAUCUCUGAUGGCAUUAAACCUGAGACUACUGGACUUGAGGGAUAACAUGUUGACCACCAUCCCAUCCACACAUGCCACCAUGUUAGCUCAGAGACUGCAGGCUGUGUAUAUGAAUGGAAACACCUUCAACUGCUGCCAUUUAGACUGGUACAGGACAUUUGCUGAGAAUAAAGGCCUUAAUGUUGUUGAUAUCGCCGAAAUUACAUGUUUGGACUUUAACCACAGGCGCCAAAAGGUGGUGCUUUUUGACACAUUCCACUGUGGUGGUGUCAGCCAUGAGGAAUCUUUUGUGUGGUAUGUCCUCCUCUUUGUAACUGUCAGUGUUUCCAUUGUAGGCAUUUCUGUCAUUUACCUACUCACCUUCAGGCCAAGAAUGUUGCCUCGUGCUAUUAAGAAGAGGUGCUGGAGACCAACUCCUUAUUGACAAACAUGUUAUUGUAAAACAUAUGUAUGUCUCCAUAAAGUAUGGGACUAUUGCCGUUCUUUUUUUUUUUUAAACUAUACUCUCUGGCACAGAUUUAGGCCAUACUGUAAAAAAGAUCCUGUUGUUUUUACAAAAAACAAAACUGGCAGCUGUGGUUGACAGAAUAAUUAUGCAAAAAUACAGUAAAAAUGUAAAUAACUUGACAGAACAACAUGUACAUUUUACAGUUUAAAACUAAUUUACAUAACCAUGCUGGCACUGUAAAACUUUUUUUUUUUAAAGUUACAUUUACAGUAAAAAAGAAAAAAGUCAUAUACGUGUUAUUAACUUACUGAAACUAUAAACAUCUGCUUUUUACUUUAUAAGGUAUUUUCAACCACCAUAAAUAUUACAAAAGAGCACAUGAUGACAUGAAUUUCACCAUAGUGGCUCUUCCAGGAGCAAUGACCUAUAAACAUGUAGUGACAGCGCUCAGUUGUACACACACAGAUCGGAACACUAAACACCAUCAGAGUAACACAUGUGAAAUUUAAAUAAUGCAGUAUAUAUUAACUAAACAACAUCAGAUAUAAAACAGAACACCCCAAUGUAUGUAACUGAUAUUAAAAAUAAGAAACAUAACUAUUCCCAUAAAAUAUAAUGAAAUUUGAUGGGUCAUGUAGGGAAUUGUGGAAAUGCCCAAUUAUAUAUUAUUUUACUGUAAUUUUAAUUUAUUGUAAAAAGUACAUAUACUGUCUAAUUAAACAAUGUACAUUUUUAACAUUAAUUAGACAGGAAAAUCAUACUAUUUACUUAAAAAAAAAAAAAAUGAAAUUUUUUACAAAAUAUUUGUUUCAGAACGUUAAAAACAACUGUAUUGUCUUUUUAAAUAUAUUUUAAAAAUGUACUGUAUAUAUUUUACAGUUAAUACUCGUUAAUCAAUUUAAAAAAAAAACAUUCUGUAGCAUUUUUACAGUCU